CUGACAGGUGAGAUACGUGGGUUUGUUUGCUUGGAAGCCGUCAUCACCGCCCCCCUUCCCUUUAAAAUGGUCCAAGGGUGGCUGAGUAUCCUUCAGAAUUUGGUCCUCGGACUACGCCACUCCAGACCAGCCACCCAGGACGGGACAAGCAGAGAGGAGAACCAGAAGAUGGGACACGUUGUCUACCUUGGGCUCUGCCUGUUGGGCUGCCUGAUCCCUAACACUUUGGCGGAAGGUGCCGCCAAUCGCACCCAGAGCGCUCGCGCUCCCUGCCCUCCAGGAGCCAUCUUCUACAUAAAUUACUGCUACGAGUAUUUUAGCUCCAGCCUCCCAAAGUUUGAUGCCGAGAUCAGCUGCCAGAGGAGACAUGGGUCCCAGCUGGCCUCCAUUCUUUCUGAAAGGGAAGCAAACUUCAUUUACCGUUACCUGCAAAAAUAUGACCCUAGCAGCGUCUGGAUCGGUUUGGAAGCUGCACGUGGUAGCUCGAUGCAGACUGUACGAGCUCCUCAGCUCCCUUGA